AUGAAUUCCAUUGGGCAUCACCCGGGUUCCCGCUGUGGAGAGGAUCCACUUCCCGGCCCCCACGUCUCGAUCGAACCAAUUGCCGUGUCGAUCCUUUUUAAAGUUUACAAGGGUCCCGUCAGCAAGAGGCUACAAAUUACGGGGUUCGUUCUAAGGGACUUUUCCGAUCGCUUAUCCUCCGCUAUUCCGGCACGCGUCCAAACAGACGACACCAAAUUUCGCGAAGAAAACAUAUUGAGGUUUACGGUCAAGACCAAAUUACCACAGCCUUGA